AUGUCGUCGACUCCCCGUCUAGCUGCUCGUCCGAAACCACGCCCACCGCCUGGAGUUCGGAGUCCUGGAUCACGUUCGCCUCCCGGAGCUACUGGUGCCACUGGAGCCGCUUUUGGAGUAACGACUGGAGCUGCCCUUGGAGCACAUGCUGGAGCCGCCUUUGGAGCGAUGACUGGAGCUGCCCUCGGAGCACAUGCUGGAGCCGCCCUUGGAGCCAAAGCCGGAGCUGCUGGUGCCAAUGGAGCCGCCUUUAGAGCAACGACUGGUGCUGCCCUUGGAGCACAAGCUGGAGCCGCCGUUGGAGCGCAAGCUGGAGCUGCCCUUCGAGCACAGGCUGGAGCCGCCUGUGGAGCCGAAGCUGGAGCCACCUGUGGAGCCGAAGCUGGAGCCGCCUGUGGACCCCUACCUGGAGCUACCUGUGGAGCGCAAGCUGGAGCUGGAAUCCCUGAUGCCUAA